AUGGUCGUGCUUGCCGAAACAGGCACCGGUGCCCGCCUGAUAAAGGACGCCCUCCGAAUUGAGCUUCACAAGCCAAUCAGGCUGAGAAGGCCUGGCCUGCCUUUGCGUAGGCGGAGCUCUGGGGAUGCAGCACCCACCGUGGCUGUAGAUGCGUGGAUGCAGUCAACUGUUGGUGGCAUAUUUACGGAAGGUCACGAUGAGUGCGUUCAAGACUCAGUCGUGAACUGCGUCAGGAAGAUGAUCACGAUCUUGUUGUCAGUCCAGUACCUCGUCCGCAAGUGCCGCAAGACCGCAAGCGCUAUGCCUACAGGCCUUCUGGGCCCUAUGCCUAAGGACUGGAAAGUCACGGAAGCGGAGGAUGACGAGGGCGACGAUGCUGAUCAGGAAGACUUCGAGACUCUAGAGAUGGGCGGUGCAUCAACGUUUCUCACAGUGCGCAAGCCCGGGCAAAUGACCAAGAAGAUAUCUGAGAUCGUGAUCAUGGUAAUCUGGUUCUUGUUUGCAAAGCAUGUGGAUUCGAUCCUGAUUGAUGAUGUUGAUGAUCGACUGGAAGGCUUCGUCUUCGAAGAGGAGCAGCCUACAAAGCUACAGGAGUACAUGGGGAUAUUCUUCGACUACAUCUUCUGGAUUCUUUUAGCUUACUGCGCGGUGAAUGCGCUGAUCUGGGUUGGAGAGAAGCUCGGUUCCUUCGACGCAGUGGCAGAGCUCCGAAGCGAUCGGGUGAAGAAUGGCUUCGACCCGGCAAAGCUGGAUGGAAUGUGGUAUGAGCAGCUCUACUCCGACUUCGCGCAGGGCGGUGCUUCCUGCCAAGAGUUGGAAUUCCGGCAUGAUGUUGGCCGCCUAGAGUCCAACUUCAGCGUCCUCUACCGCGGCAGCCCCUUCACGAUCAAGGAGCACUAUGAAAGCAAAGGCGUGACUGGCGUAUACAGAAAGUAUGUCUCGAUUCCGGGAGGUUUUCCCGGAGGCUCUCUCAUCGGCAUGCCCACCGCUGUCGUUGACAUCAUCCCAAGUGGUUCAGGGACCAAGUACGACGCAAUGAUCUUGUACUCUUGCUGGUCAGAGCUGAUGAAAGUGGUGGAGAUUGCAACCCGAAAGCCUGUGGUCGAGGAGAGAGGGCAGAUGCAAAUUCGGACAGGAUGGCAGCUAAUCGAUUUUCCGGUUGCAACUGCGCAGGGGACACGGCUAAUCCCGCGCAAGGGAGCUCAGAGCUUCGAUGCCAGUUGGGCACGCAAGCUCGCCGCCCGCAUUCAGAGCCUUUCUUUCAAACGACAAGUACGGGUCUUCCCUUGCCUUGAGGAGAGUAUGCAGGGAGCUAACACGUGCUGGGAGCGCUGUGGCCGAAAACGCGUGGAAGUUCAGAGGGCCGAGCAGUUCUCCAACCUGAAGAAGUGGAUUGAAGGUGGCCCAGGCGGCUGGGUCAGCAGCAAACUUAUUGUCAACGACUACCUCAGCGAGAAAGGUCGCUACGAUCGGCGUUUGGAGGUUACCGAAAGUGUGGCGAAGGACGAAGUGUUAGUGAAGCUGCCCCUGUCGCACGUGCUCUCCGCAGACUUCUGCCAGCAGGACUUAACGGACCAGACGAUUCGUCAGGUGGUCGAUGCACAGAAGCGGAGUUCGGAACCUGUGGACAUCGCUCCCUGGACCUGGAUCACACUUUACACGCUGGCCCAUGCGAAGAAGGAUUCGUCAGCGCCUUCUUCGACAGGCUGGCGCUUCGACACCCUCCUAAAGCAAGAGUAUGUCGAUGCUGCCCUGUCUUACUUGCCCCUGUUUUGGGACGAUGCUAGCCUGCACUGGCUGAACGGGACCGACCUGCUGAACGUCCACGUUUUGGACGUCCACGCCGCAAUCGAGACGGAGUACCACAAGCUCAGCUACUUGGUGCCCAGCAUCGAGUCCUCGAUCACGGUAGUGGAGCCUGCGGCUUUGAUCCGGGUUCUGGGUUCAGUUCGAGCGGCGAGGUGCAGGAGGUGUCAAGGCCGCACGGCUUUGCUUCGCAAGUUUCCCGCCACCGUGACUGCCAAGGUGGCUUUCUUGGUGUCCACCGGCCCUGGCAAGGAGGCGCAGAAAACCAUAGAGCUACUCCACACGCAGCAUCACGUAUAUGUCCUUUGCGCUCCUCGCACGGUGCGGCCAAGCCUGGACGACUGGAUCCGCGAAAGAAAGCUCAAAAACGUCUUCGUCAUCUCAGAGAUGGAGCCGGAUCAAGCACACACCAGCAAGGAUCUCCGCUUGGAGGCCACGCGCUUGCUCCUGGAAUAUCACAGCUGGGAUUACCUCGUGGACCUCGCUUCAGGGGCAUGGCAUCCAGCGCACUCAGGGCUUCUCUGUCGGUGGCUUGCCCUGCUGAACGGAACCAGCUUGGCUUCCGGCAAUGGUGGCACCUUUGCUGUCAGCCGUGGCCAUGCUGAGGAGGUCACUGCAUCGUUGGAUGCAAAGCAGCCGGAGCUGCUGGAGAUAUGGGCCAAGGCCGCCUGGCCGGACUUUUGGGCACAGGCUUUGUCGUUUGGGCAGGUCCCCAACAGUCAGGGGAUCCGGCCUUUCUUGGAGAGCCAAUCCAACAUGAGACAGCCAGGUACACUGCAAACCUGGAGCAUUGUGUCACCUGUGGAAGCGUAUGAUGCUGGCGAGAGCUUCAAAGCUUUGAGUUCGGACUGGCUGUCGCUCUAUGCUAACCUGACGCUUUGGCUGGCUCACGCACUCAUGGCCAGAAGCUCCGGCGACAGAGUGCAGUCAGUUGCGCAGGUCUCACGACGUGCCUUUGGCAGCCGACGAAUUCGACGCUCUGCCGAGAGCCUCGGGCGGCUUGCGGACGCCUUGACUGCGGAGGUCAGCUUCUCACCAGCUGACGGCAAAUGCGAGAUCCACGGGGCCGUCAAAGGACUCCAAUUGCAUGACUGCCGCAUUGAUGCAGAGAUCUUUUUCACGGAGCGGCUCUUCGUUGUAGACCCCUUUGCACCAGGCCCAGCCCUGGGUCACAGGACGGAACCUUGCGGCAUCUCCUUCCCGCAUCUCUUCCGCGUCGGCACCGGCUGGGACGGGGAUGAAUUCCUGUUUCACGGCUUCGCCUCGCUGAUCCCUGCAGCGGCUACCGGCGACCUGUGGGCAGUGCUGAUCCCCCUGGUGUUCGUGGAGAACAAGCGAGAGAAGCCAGAGCACCCAUGGUUCGAGCCGUUGGAGAUCCGCUGGAUUGAUGCAGAGGGCAUGGUGCGCUAUCGGGGUGGUGGCCAAGCCGUCCGGCCAGGCGCCAUCUGGGAGCGCUACUUGGGUUCGGCCCUUCCACCUGGCAGCUACACCGUGUCUGUGAGCGUCCUACAUGGCCCUCUCUUGGCACAGCGAUCCUUCGAAGUGCUUCCAGAAGACCCUUCCGCGAUGGAGCCGGCUGAGAGGUUGCAGCUCCUGCCGCAGUACUUUGAUUUGCUGGAUGAACCCGAGCAUGCUGGAGAUGAACGAACAUCGACAGCACAGCUAACAGGGACCAGCCACAACACUUGCAACACCGCCGCCACUUCCACUACCACUGCCACUGCCACCAGCACCACCGCAACCAGCACCAGUUGGGAGCCAAAGAUGCCCCAGAAGGCCGCUGUCAGUUCGCGGCAAGCACCAGAGCCAGGCAAGCCGAAGGCUGUCGAAGCGUCGGGGUCGGUUUUCAGACCUGGCGCCAAGGAUCGGGAGUGGCUUCGAAAGGACGUACAGCGAGCGGCUGCACGAAGUGGCCAUGCCACCCAGACAAGGACCAAGCCCAAGACAGCUGCAGAGCGAUGGCAGCGGGAACUUGAGUGGAUCCGUCGGGAUGUCGAAGCUUUUGCUCCGCGAAGGCUGGAGCCGAAAGCGUCGAGGACCAUGGCUCGGCCAAGCACGGGCAGAAGGGCGCUGCAGAAGGACGCACUUGCCACUCCACGGAAGGAAGCAUCUGCACCGCAGACCAAGACGCAGGUACCGCGCAAGAGCCGCGGCACCCCUCUGGAUGCACGGGAGCGGCAACGCCGAGAGAAGCUUUGGAUGGAGCAGGAGGCGCAGAAGCUGCACGCUGCCAAGGCCUCGAGAGCGGUGAAGGCGGCAGCUACCACGUUGCCCUCGAAGGACGUGAAGGAGCCGAAAAGCGUUUCUGGCGGCCUUCCCCCAUCAGCUGCAGCCGAGAGCGACUGGAUUCGUAGGGACUUGGCCGUCCACGAGCCUUUGAGGCGACAGCGUUGCGAAGGCCUGCAACUUCAAUCGACCUCAAAGCCACAGGCUCACAGAAACUUCCUGCGCACGGCGUGCGCGUCGUUGUUUCAGAUCGACAUUGACGUGCUGCCCAAAGACGCUGCAGGAGUUUCAAUUCUGCCGCCGCACACGGCACCCGGACCUGCACCAACGUCGCGAGGGGGAUCGAAUUUCAUGCACAUCUCCGCCAAAGUGAAGCAGCAGCUCUCCGGCAUUAUCCCAGAGGGCGUCGUCGACAAAGAGCUGCCGUGGAUUCUGGAUGAUAUUGAUUUCGGCCAGAGGGUACGACAGCUUCAAGAGCUGGCGGAGCCUGGAGAGGAAAAAGAGAGAGCCAUCGAACAUGAGCUCCCUGAGUUCAAAAAAUGGGCGAUGGUCGUGAUGUCACGUGGUGAGACUGUAAAUCUACCGGACCGCGACAACAAGAGCCAAACCUCUCCGCAGCUGGCGAUCAUGCUCACACCUCAGUUGGCCGAACAUUCUCGCGCAGGGCUUGUUAUCGGGAUCGAGGGGCAACAGCUGAUGGUCGACAUGUACACAGCAUGGCACAUCUGUAGAUCAUGA